AAUUUUCUCAAAACGCUUCUUCCACUUCCCCUAUAUAAACCCCUCUUCUCACCCUACAUAACAUUCUUUCGACCCUUUUGUUCUACUCCUUUGCAAAGAUUUUUUUUGUUAAUACCUUCACCCGCUCGUUGGAUUUGGAUCUAUUCACACGCCUUGUUUGAUUCCCAGAGAUUGAUUGGGAUUUCUUAAACAAUUUCCAUGUUUGAUUCUUAGUUCCAAAAUUAUUCAUGACAUACGCUAUCCAGAUGCGUCGAAUUCGUAUUCUGCACUCUUUCUCAGUAGUCUUUCUUUACUGGUUCUACGUAAUUUCAUGAGCUAGCCGUAUUCAUCAUUGUCCCGGUCCAAUUUAAUUUUAGGAUUAUUGUAGCUACACUACCAAAUUUUGCCGAUCUAAUAAAAAAAGAGGAUACAAAGUUUCCCGUUGUUUCACAUAUUGAUUGUCAAUCAAAUCGACAUGGCUUCUACUCAGCAAGCGGUGAGUUCUGGUUCUGAUGCAGACCAGCGGUAUGCAAAGUUUGAUGAACGGAAAAGGAAGAGAAUGGAAUCCAACCGUGAGUCUGCUCGUAGGUCACGGAUGAGGAAGCAGCAGCGAUUGGGGGAGUUGAUGAGCGAAACAACACAGCUACAGAACCAGAACAGUAUCUGCCGCGAGAGGAUUGAUUCUGUUGAAAGAAAUUAUUGUGCCAUCGAUGCAGAGAACAAUGUGUUGAGGGCUCAGAUUGCUGAAUUGACUGAACGUUUGAAUUCACUGAACUCGCUCACUCAAUUUUGGGCUGAUGCUACUGGAUUUCCUGUUGACCUCCCUGAAAUUCCCGACACUUUGCUUGAGCCAUGGCAGCUGCCUUGCCCUAUUCAACCUAUCGAUGCUUCUUCUGAUAUGUUGCUGUUUUGAGAUUCUGGUCUGAAGAUUUACCGAGUAUGAAAUAGAGAAAUCCAUAUUAAAUGUCCUUGGUAUUUCUUUUUCUUAUGGACAAUGUAGCUUUGGUUUCUUACUAGUCAGGUUACCUUUGGCUAAUAUUGGUACCUCAUUAUUUAGUUGUUUUAUGAACUAGCAGUUUGCAGUAUGAUGUCAAAGAUAUUUGGGUCUCUCGUUUAUGUAUGCAUUCUUUUUUCUGUUCUCU